AUGCCAAUAAUUGAGGGAAUAGUCAAAAAAAUUACCGUGAAGCAAGUUAAGGGAUUCAAUAAAGCUACGUUUUCUUCAGGCCUCCUCCACUUAGAGGGUUCAGAGUUUCUCAACUUGACGAAUCGCAUAGAGGGAAUUGAUUUGUUGGAGAAAAUUGACUUUUAUCAAUCCCAUACCAAUGACAUACAUGCAGUCUAUAAAACAUUUGGUGUUGAGGCAGCGCGUGAAGUUAUUGUGAAGGAAAUUAUUAAUGUGUUUGAAGUGUACGGCAUUAAUAUCAACAUUAGACACCUUUACCUUGUUUCGGAUUAUAUGACUAAGGAUGGCACUUUCAAGGCGUUCAGCAGGCACUCGUUCUCCAUGGAUGAUUCGUUUGUUCAAAAGAUGAGUUUUGAAAGCUGCUUCGCGAAUUUAAAGAACUCGGCACUUUUCAACCAAAGUGAAAUGGUAGACGGGCCAUCUUCUUGCAUUUUGACUGGCGAUGUCUUAAAGAGCGGAACAGGCUCGUUUGAGCUUUUAUACGAUCUUACACAAUUUGCCGAACCCUAA